AUGCUGUCCCUCGUUCUCACGAUUCUGUUCGUGCACAUUGCAAUCUACUUGGUCAACACAAUCGGCGCUUCCACAAUCGACAGCUUGCUAUGGCACCUGUAUCUGAAACUACCCACAUCCACCUCCCGAAAUGCCCGCGAACAGCAGCGCAUGAAGCGCGAGGUCGUCCAGCUGAAGCUUGAGAUGAACAGCACCAGCUCGCAAGAUGAGUUCGCGAAGUGGGCGAAGCUCCGCCGCCGACAUGACAAGAGCCUGGAGGAGUACGAGGCGAUGAACAAGACCGUCUCAGCGCAAAAGAGCUCGUUCGACUGGAGCGUCAAGAGCGCGCGCUGGCUCAGCACAAACGGCCUCAAGAUCUUCCUGCAAUUCUGGUACUCGAAAACCCCAGUCUUCGCUCUCCCCGCCGGCUGGUUUCCAUACUACGUUGAAUGGGUCCUGUCGUUUCCCCGCGCGCCGCUGGGCGCCGUGAGCAUCCAGGUUUGGAGCAAUGUGUGCGCGACGGCUGUUUCGUUCAUUGGGGACAUUAUUGGGUCGGUGGUGGUACUAAUUGUCAGUCAGAAUGCCGCACCGGCUGCGGGCGCAGAAGCGAAGAAGACGCAGUAA